AGGCAAUGCUUAUUAAAGCUGAAAAACUUUUGCAAGAAAGACUAGUUUGCUAGUUGAUGUCUAGUUUGCUUGAUGAUACUCUUUAACCUGUUGCUAAAAAAGCAAGCGGAUUUAACUAAGCUCUUAAUUAGAUUAUCCUGAAAGCAUUUCACAUUCAGCUCUUCAUAAGACUUCAUUCUCACAUCUAGAGCACAUUAUACAUCACAUUAUGAGCUCUAACCACUGACGGCUUUACUUUACAUUCAUUUACCUUUUUGUCACAGAAAUGGCUCUUCUUUUGGCCUUGUUAUGUCUCACAAGGUCGUAUUAGGAAAGCAAAAGAUAAAUUCAGAAAAUAUAACACGGAUUCUAGACGGACUUCUUGAGGGUUAUGACAAUCGACUACGCCCGGGAUCUGGAGUCUCUGUAACUGAGGUCAAAACAGACAUAUUUGUUACAAGUUUUGGACCAGUAUCUGAUGUUAAGAUGGAGUUCACUAUGGAUAUGUUUUUCCGCCAAAUGUGGGUUGACGAGAGGUUAGCCUUUCAGGGGCCCGUCGAAAUCUUGCCUUUGAACAACCGCAUGGUGGACAAGAUCUGGACGCCCGACACGUUUUUUUUUCGCAACGCGAGGAAGUCCCUCGCACACAACAUGACGUCUCCUAACAAGCUGUUUCGGAUCAUGCAAAACGGAACGGUCUUUUACACCAUGAGGUUGACUGUAAGUGCAGUGUGUCCAAUGGUGAUGAUGGACUUUCCUAUGGAUGGACACACAUGUCCUCUCCUGUUUGGAAGCUGUAAGAUCCGUCUUUCAGUCUGUUUUCCAUCCAUCCUUCCAUCCACCAUUCUUCACCUGCUUUCUCUUACACCUUCAGAUGCGUACACUAAUCGUGAAAUCGUCUACACGUGGAGGAAGGGUCUUCAAGCAUCUGUAGAUUUCCCUCCAGAGUCAUCCAGCUUACUUCAGUAUGAUCUUGUGGGCCAGACCUUGUUCAGCGAGACAUAUAAAUUCAGCACAGGUCUGUAUUCUGUCCAGGUUGUCCAUUUCUAUCUUCAGAGGAAGCUCGGCUACCAUCUCAUCCAAACGUACAUCCCGUUGAUUAUGGUGGUUGUGCUGUCACAAGUGGCAUUCUGGAUCAACAAGGAGUCUGUCCCGGCUCGAACAGUGGCUGGAAUCACCACUGUGCUCACCAUGACCACUCUGAGCAUCAGCGCCCGCUCCUCGCUGCCCAAAGUCUCCUACGCCACCGCCAUGGACUGGUUCAUCGCCGUCUGCUUUGCCUUCGUGGCCUCGGCCCUCGUGGAGUUCGCUGCGGUCAACUACUUUGCCACGCUCGAGGCCAACAGGGAAAACCGCCGGCUCUCCAGGGCCUCCGUUCUGGAGUCCAUAGCCCAGGGCAGCGACGACGAGCCGGAGACGUCACAGUCUGAGACCAGUGGCUUUAGCCGCAGAAGACGGGCGAACUCUGUGUCCGAGGCUCCCGGGAAUCGCUAUCCCAUCUUCCUUCAGGGCUCGGCCGUCCCACCCAACAUGAUGCUGGCAGGCACCAGUGCCAUAGACAAAUACUCCCGCGUCCUCUUCCCUCUGGCCUUCGGGAUCUUCAACCUCAUCUACUGGUUCAUCUACCUCAGCAAGGACACCAUGGAAAAGCCCAGGGAGAUCGAGUGAGUUUCUCCUGAGAAGACAAGGCCGUGUCCUCGACUUUGCUUUGGACCUCUGUCUCUCACUUUCGUCAUCUAGCAGCUUCAUCCCUGAUAGAGCACGAGGCUGUCUGACACUAUCUGACAAGCAUUUGAUCCUGUUCCCUUCCUGUUUUAUCACCUAUAUAGACUUUCCACUCCAUUUGCCUUUAUAUUCACAGCUGAGGGCCACGGUGUUAUACUAACCCUGUACAUUACAAACCCUCCUCUGACUCUGCUCUUCUGCGUGUGUGUGUGUGAGAGAGAGUGAGUGUGUGUGUGUGUGUGUGUGAGUGUG